CUUAAAUUUAGUAUAGAAAUGCAUUCCGUAGCGGUUAACACUUGGUUUGGCAUUAGCAUUGCGGCUUUGGUGGGUGGCGUUACUGUUUGGCUGGCAUACCGCAAGCGAUGUCGUAGUUGUAAACGACAUCCCAAUGCCGAUGGAUGGCAACAUCUGGGCUCACUGAAAAUCAUAAAUUUUUAUCCUGUCAAAGGUGGUGCACCCUUACGCUUGGAACAAGUGGAAUGUGCAGAAUUCGGGCUGCAUUUAAAUGGUUUGUGGGAACGUUGCUUGGUUGCUUACGAUGACUCCGGUGCUGUGGUGUUUGCUGGUUCCUAUCCACGUACGCUGAGCAUACGAUCAGUGAUCGUGAGAGAAAAAGUGUUGCGAUUAGAGGCGCCGAAUAUGCCAUCAAUUAUUAUGGACUUGAAUGAGUUAUUGCGAGAGCCAUAUCAAGUGUUGGAAAAAGGAAACAAGCGUUUAGUUGAAUGUCGGGUCGAACAUCACGAGUGGCUAUCGCGUGCCGUACUGCAGCGUGAGAGCGGCUUGAAGUUUUAUGUGAAAUUGAAGGCUUCAAAAGGGAAAGUAGGGGAUUUUUUCCCCGUUAUGGUAAUGCAUGAACGUUCAGUACAUGAUUUGAAUAAACGUCUGAGUGGGCAAAACAAACCAGUGGAUUGUCAACAGUUUCGUGGUAAUCUAGUUGUUGACAGUAAUACAGAUGUACAACCUUAUAAUGAGGAUAAUUGGAUGUGGCUGAAAAUAGGCAACGAUGUAGAAUGCUCGACGAUCAUGAGCUAUAAUUCCGAUUGCUUGCGUUGUAUUCUGAUUAACGUAAACGUGGAGGAUUAUACCAGAAAUCCUGAUUUUGAACCUCUUCGAACAUUAAAGAAAUAUCGCCUACGUCAAAGUCCCAAAGAACCGUCUAUGGGAGUUUAUUUUAAUGUUUAUAAGUGUGGCCUGUUAAAAAUAGGCGAUCCAAUUUAUGUUCAAUAUAUAUAGAUAUAAGAAAUGUACAAUUAAGGUAAACAAUGUAGAAAAAUAUGUUUUCGUAGAAAACAAGAACUUGAGGUGAUCAGUUGUAGUUCUAGAUAUGUUUAGAUUUUAACAAUGUACGCAUGUAUUAUAUUGUGUAAUAUAUAUUUAAAAUGUUAUAAAUAUUAGUUGUGUUUGAUGAAAAAAAAUAGCCAUCACUAGUCAUCAAUCCCAAUCAAGAGCUAAAACGAGAACUUUCUCCCAAAGAGAAGAAAAAGCAAAAUUGUUCACCAACCCAAAUUUGCCCACACUUGCUUGUUUACAAAUCAAAAAAAAACUGAAAGAAAAAUGCUGAAAUGUAGGAAAAAGAAAAUUGGGCAUAAAAUAUUCACCAGGAAAGACGAAAUUGGCAAAUACUCAAAUAAUGAAACCUGUUUCCUUACACCAGGAUGUAGCAUAAUCUUAUAUAUAAAAAUGGAGACGGUUUUUUGUGUUCGUUAGUCGCCGAUUCACGCCUAAACGCAUUCACCGAUUCCAAUCAAACUUUCACAGAUCAUUGGUAUUGGUCCAUAGAUGGUUUAUGUGAAGUUUUAAAGAAAUCUGUAAAAGUAUGCGUGCGUUGUGUAAGUGUGAAAAAUACAAUAUUUGCGUGUUUCCCAUAUACGGACAUUACGUAUACGGAAUGAGAAUACACGCAAAUGAAUAGAAUAUACACAGCCAUGAAUAACAUUGUUUCGAUGUCGAGUGACGUAUGCGACUGUAUUAUUCGUAACGCAAUAGUUGUCCUCUCUUUUCUUUCCUUUUUAUGCAUGCGGGACACGGCAUCAAAGCACAUUGCUUUUUUUUGAACUGGAAAAAUAUUUUGAGCUUCAUUUGAACGUUUUAUGAUUUAGAUAAAAUAAAAAUUCGUUAAAUAUAUUUGAUUCCAUUAAUAACCAUAAGCCUGUAUUUUUCGAAGUUCAAAGUUUUUGGAC